CAAAGUUAGAAAAGUGGUUUUACGAUAAGUUCGCAGCUUUGUAUUUGAAAAUUAAAACAAGUACGUUUCACGAUUCGUAAAACACUAUAGUCAUCUAGCGGCAGAAUGUCAGCACCGAUAAACAAUAGUUUUCCUUUCAUUUCUACGAAACUGUGGUGUUGAGUAAUAUAAUUUGUAAAACAUACAAAUUAAAUGGACAUUAUUUAAACCGAAACAAUUGUGUAAGAUAUUUAUUCUAUCGAGAGGCAUGGAUAUUUUUCGUCGUUGUUUAAUAUGAAUCAGAAACAUCGAGACACCAUAGAUUUAUAUUGCCAAGAUAUUGUACCUAGAAUUAACGCGAUUAAACUAUGGCCAAAAUUACUAGAAAACAAAGUUUUCAACAGAGACGACGUAAAUAUUCCGCGAUGGGAGGAAAAUCUCAUGGACAAAGCUACUAUACGAGACAUAUACUUAACGAUCAAAACGCGAGGACCGUUAGCUUUCGAUCGUUUCCUAACCAGUUUGAAACAAAGUGAUCAUGAGAAUUUGGCAAAUAUUCUAGAAGGAAAAAUCACGCUUCGGAGCGAAGAUAUAGAAAGGAACGUAAAUCAAGGUGAUGACGUAAAUGUUAACGACGUAGACGAUACGAAUUUAACUUCGACCAUAGAAUGGGUACAAGAUGGUUUUUACAACAAUAUGCAACUGUCGGAAGUACCGCUACGCAUACAAGUACAACGAGCUACUAAAUUUUUAGACGGACCUGUGUAUGAAAAUGUUCAUAGAUAUCCAAUGCGAAGUAAACCUCGUGGAUUAGUUUUAAUAAUUACCAAUAUUCGUUUCGAGCAUCCGGAUUAUGAACCUAGAUGUUCGGCAGCUCAUGAUCGAAUGAAUCUGGAAGAGUUGUUCGAACAAAUGGGUUUUCAAGUUAUUUCUCAUUGUAAUCUUACAGGAGAGGGACUAUUAGAGAAGAUAAAACAAUUUUCCCAACUUAAAGAACUACGAAAGGUCGACUCUUGCUUUAUUAUCAUUAGUAGUCACGGUAACGUAAAUACAGAAUACGAAGUUACAGAAAUACACGGCGUCGAUUAUAAUCCUGAUAGUAAGAAACAUAAUUAUAAAACUGUAUUGUGUACGGAUAUUUUGAAUAAUUUUACCGUGGAAGCUUGCCCUCAUCUUGCGGAGAAACCAAAAAUUUUUAUCUUUCAAUUAUGUAGAGGUGACAAGAAGCAAAAAUUAGUGAAAAAACCCAGACAUACUACGGAUACGUGUAACAUUCGUCCAUCCGACGAAAUGAUGAAUCUUAAAAUUAAUGGUAAAGGAACAAUGCGAAACAAUGCGGACAUGUUAAUUGUACACGCUACGCUUCCGGGACAUGUGGCUUUUCGAGAUAAAAUAACUGGCAGUUGGUUCAUUCAAAUUUUAUGCGAAGUAUUUAUGAACCAUGCUCAUAAAACUCAUCUUGAAGAUUUGCUGCACAUGGUUGAUGAAAGAUUACGAAUACAAAGAACGACCAAAGAGGAGUGUCAAACGCUAAUGGUAACAUCGAUAGGAUUUAAUAAACAUUGUUACCUCAAUCCAGGUCUUUUCGAAGAUACGUAAUAGAAUUAAUUGUUAUUAGUAAAGUGCAUUUAAUCUAUUUUUGUAUUCGUCUGUUACACGAAUCGUCGGUGAAUUUCAUUCAUCGAAUAAAUUUCAAUCGUUUUAUACUUAUCAUUACGUUUUAUUGAAUGAAUAUAUAUAUAUAUAUAUGAAUUUGUACGUUAUCUACUUAUGAUUCUUUACUCUGCACCAAUUUUUUUCGAAGAAAAAUAAUGAGAAAAUUUACACGGUCACGUGUAUUCCGAUAAUAUCGAAACAAAUUUUAAUGCAAACUAUCGUUUCAAUCUUUAUAGGACGUUAUAUUUUUAAGUUUCAAAUAAUAACGUUGAUUAAUAGUAACACUGAAUUAACUUACAGUCGCGUUUGCAUUUAUUAAGAUUGUUACUCUUAUUACGCUUAUCUUUAUCUUAACGUUGUUAAGGAAGAUAAAACGAAUAAUGGAUUAAUAUUCUUAAACGUAUUCUUAAUACAGUCAUUUUGUUUCAGAUUAAAAUAAAAGGCAAAUUUUCGAAAAAGAGUAAAAUCGUGUAAGCGUUUCGUAUCGUAUAUCGUCUCUAAGAGUGAAAAGGGUGUUUUAAGUUAAUACUAUCUACGUAAAAUAUUUGUCGCAUCUUGAUUUAUCUUCUAAUGACCUUACAGCGAUAAAUUACAGAUUAUGUGCUUAAUUAUAUUUUAGAUUUAAUUGGAUGAAAGAAUAAAUGUCCCACCGAUUUCGUAUCUACUUUCUAGAAGUUCGACAUAUCGCGUAAUUGAACGACUGAAUUUAUAUACAAAAACAAAACGGAAACAUUACUGGAAAUUGAUCUUACGAAAGUUAAGAAAAUUUUCGAUCGAGAAUCUUAGAUUUAUUUGAAUAAUUAGAAUAUUACGAUUCGAAGUUAACUUAAUCGGAAGGG